GUGUCCAGCACGCGCCCGGAGUGCAGCAUCAUGCAGGAGAUCGAGGAGGAGCGCAGCCAGUGCCUGGCAGAGCUGCCCUGGGACAACCAGACCUCAGGCUGCAGGAGGCAGUGGGACAACAUCACAUGCUGGCCUGAAGCAGAGGUGGGAGAAGUCGUGGUACGGCCGUGCCCCAAGUACUUCAGAUUCCUGACCUCCUUCCUGGGGAAUGUGACCAGGAACUGUACAAGCCAGGGCUGGUCUGAUGUGUACCCUGCACCCUACGCUGUAGCUUGUGGAUAUGAUUCCAACAGCACCCCAGGGGAAGAGCAAACAGCAUUCUACGGAACGGUCAAGACCGGCUACACCAUCGGCCACACCUUAUCCCUCAUCGCCCUCACGGCUGCCAUGAUCAUUCUGUGUCUCUUCAGAAAACUACACUGUACUCGAAAUUACAUUCACAUGCACCUCUUCAUGUCCUUCAUCAUGAGAGCCAUCGCAGUCUUCAUAAAGGAUGUCAUCCUGUUUGAAAGUGGGGAGUCCGAGCACUGCUUCGUGAGCUCAGUGGGCUGCAAGGCCAUGAUGGUUUUCUUCCAGUACUGUGUCAUGGCCAACUUCUUCUGGCUGCUGGUGGAGGGGUUGUACCUUCACACCCUGCUGGUCAUCUCCUUCUUCUCGGAGAGGAAGUACUUCUGGUGGUACAUCCUGAUCGGCUGGGGUGCCCCCUCCGUGUUCAUCACUGCCUGGACUAUUGUCAGGAUUUACUUUUUCGAUGUUGGGUGCUGGGAGGAAAUAGUGGAAUCCCCAUUCUGGUGGAUCAUUAAAACUCCUAUUUUGGUGUCUAUUUUGGUGAACUUCAUCCUCUUCAUCUGCAUCAUCCGUAUCUUAGUCCAGAAGCUGCAUUCCCCAGACGUUGGGCACAACGAGACCAGCCAAUAUUCGAGGCUGGCCAAGUCCACCCUGCUGCUGAUCCCUCUCUUUGGCAUUCACUACAUCAUGUUUGCUUUCUUCCCCGACAACUUCAAAGCAGAAGUGAAGCUGGUCUUUGAGCUCGUGGUUGGGUCGUUCCAGGGAUUUGUGGUGGCUGUUCUGUACUGCUUUCUCAAUGGAGAGGUGCAAGCUGAGCUCAAGAGGAAGUGGCGGAGGUGGCACCUGGAGCGGUUCCUGGGCUCGGACAUGAAGUACCACCACCCUUCCCUGGGCAGCAACGGCACCAACUUCAGCACCCAGAUCUCCAUGCUGACCAAGUGCUCGCCAAAGACGCGCCGCUGCUCCAGCUUCCAGGCCGAGUUCUCUCUGGUGUGACGGGGAGAGGCUCCCCAGGCACUGAGAGUCCAAAACUGAGACACGAGGAUCCCUGGGAACCAGUGAUCCCCUGACAAAUCCCUGUGAAAUGACCUGCUCCACAUGAGCCAACAGAGGACACGCAACUGGAAAAGCCGCUGGCGUCCAGAGUGAGAUCGGACAAGCCAAGAGGCAGAGAAACACUUUUGUUCUCCCUCUUUUCAGGCCUUUUGCUCUUCAGUUUCAAGCCCUCAGGGGUUGAUAACUCUGGGGAAUUGUCCAAGUUGCUUGAGGACAGCCUGGGAGAUGCUGAUGUGUCAUAAAUAAUGAAGUACUGGGGGUAAGGGAGGGAGAGGCUCAGUCCUCGGUGGCUUUACCAGAACUGGCAUCUCUGAAGGAGACAAAUUGCACUUUUUUAAAAAAAAGGAAAAAAAAAAAAAGAAAGCCAGUAAAGGAAAGACAGAGGCAGGAAUCAGGAAAAAAGAAAAAAAAGCCAAACAUAUGAAUGUGCCAAAAUUCCUGUGGAUAAGAGUUAAUGAUACAGCACUAAGAUGGUGCUGGGGACACGGGGAGAAGGGACAGGAGGAACAUGAGCAGGAAGGGAGAAGCCAGCCCAUGGCCCCCACCUUUUACACAGGUGGAGAUGAAGCUGCAGCACCAGGAAAGCCCCUUGGAGGAUGUCCUGGUGUGUUCUGCUAAUUCCCCACCACCCUUGGGUGCAGAAGCUUUCCAGGCACCCUUGGGGCCCUGAGGAAGGGCAGAUCACUGAGAAGGACCAGCG